GGCGACGCUGCAGAAUAUUACUUACCAUGUUAACUGACGAGGAGUCGCCUCAUGAUGAACUUUGACCUCGUGCUGGCACGCGGAUUUUCUGCUGUGGAACAACGUGGAUAAUGCAAAGUAGAUGAUUUAACGUUAUAUUUUAACUUGAAAAUACAUAUGAGGUGUUUUACUUGAACGCGUUAACCAUAUCCAAUCUAUAAGCUACCUAUUUUGUCUAGAUGGGGAAACCGCCAAAAAAGAAGAACCUUGCUGAUAAGGUUCGCAAGACCAAAACUUCCACCGAGAUCAAAAACAACCCAUUCGAGGUGAAAAUCAACCGGAAAAAGUUUGACAUCCUCGGGCGAAAAAGCAAGCACGACGUCGGUCUGCCAGGUGUAUCCAGAUCUAAAGCCAUCAACAAGCGAAAAGAGACCCUGCUGAAGGAAUAUAAGACAAAGGACAAGGCCAAUAAGUUCAUAGACAAACGUUUUGGUGAAUAUGACACCAAGAUGGACCCAGAGGAGAAAAUCCUUCAGAGGUUUUCGAUGGAAAGACAGCGUACCCAAGACAAGAAGGACAUGUAUAACCUGAAUGAGGAGGAGGAGUUGACCCACUAUGGCCAGUCUCUGUCUGAGAUGGAGAAGCUCAACGACAUGGUGGACAGCGACGAUGAUGCAGAUGAGAAAGGAGUGCUCUCAGCUGAGCUGACUGCAUCCCACUUCGGGGGAGGCGGUCUGCUGAGGAGGAAGACCCAAGGGGAGAAGGAUAACGGGGGGAACCAGAGAGCCAAGUCCAGACAGGAACUCAUAGAGGAGCUCAUCCUCAAGUCGAAACAAGAGAAGAGGGAGAGGCAGAACCAGAAGGAGGAGUCCCAGGUGCUGACAGAGAAGCUGGACCAGGACUGGAAAAGCAUUCAGGGGCUGCUGGCUCACAAGAAUGCCCCCAAGGCUGACAGACUGGAGGAGGAAGACAAACCCAAGCUGGAUGAGUAUGACAUGAUGGUGCGAGAGCUGGGCUUUGAGAUGAAGGCUCAACCAUCUGAAAAGAUGAAGACUCCAGAGGAAGUGGCCAGGGAGGAAAGGGAACGCCUGCAGAAACUAGAGGCUGACAGGCUGAGGAGGAUGAUGGGAGAUGUAGUAGAAGACUGCACCAAGACCCAGGCUCACAUGUCAGCUGACGACCUCAACGACGGCUUCAUCCUAGACGGUGACGAAAAACCGACUCUGGCCUAUCAGGAUGGGAAAUGGAACAUAAAUGAGGAAGGAGCAAAGAUAGAGGGGGAUGACGACGAGGAGGGUGGUGAAGGAGAGAGUGGUGAGGAGGAAUCUGGUGGAGAGGAGGAAGAGGAGGGCAGUGGCGAGGAUAGCCACUCAGACCUGGACUCUGAGCAGGAGAGUGAGGGAGGAGAGGAGGAGGAAGAGGAAGAGGGGGAGAAGGAUGAAGUGCCUGCAACCAAAUCUCAGCUGAGUGAGGAGGAGAGGAAGGCCCAAGCAGAGGCAGCUAAAGCAGAACUACCAUACACUUUCAAAGCUCCAGAGAGCUACAGUGACCUGAAGGGCCUACUGCAGGGUCAUCCUGCUGACCACCAGUGUAUCAUCCUUGCCAGGACACAGAAGUGUAACCAUCCCAGUCUGGCUGUGGGGAAUAAACUCAAACUACAAAAAUUAUUUGGCUUUUUGCUGGAGUAUGUGGGCGAGUUGGCUUCCAGGAGUCCACCGGAACUUUCCACAAUAGACAAAAUGAUAACGCAGCUGUAUGGUCUAUGCCAGUUGUUCCCUGAAGCUGCUUCCAAGGCGAUGCAGACGACUCUGGUUGACAGCGCACACAGGAUGGAGGACGUACUAGAGGUCAAGGGUCGGGCAGCCUUCCCACAACUAGACAUGCUCAUUUACCUGAAGAUAACAGCAUUGCUGUUCCCCACCUCAGACUUCCGCCACCCUGUCACCACCCCAGCCCUACUGUACAUAAGCCAGGCCCUCACCAAGUGUCCUGUGAUGUCAUUAGAGGAUGUGACAUCGGGCCUGGUGCUGUGCUGUCUGGCGGUGGAGUACGUCUCCUUCUCCAAGAGGUUCUGUCCUGAGCUCAUCAAUUUCCUGUUGGGAGUACUACACCUGGCCGUGCAAGAUAAGACCUCUACAGGUUACUCAGUGGUGCCACCCUUCAGGCAGAACGGUAAGGUUAGUGACCUGCUGGUGCUGUCAGACCCAGAGUCCAGCCAGACAUGGAGCAAGAAGACCCUACCUCUGUCUGCCACCCAGACACUCACACUGACCACUGACCUGGACACAGACCACUACAGACUGUCUGCUGUGGCCACCUGUAUGGACCUGCUGAAACACUGCUCUUCACUCUACAGAGAACUCACUUCCUACUCGCACAUCUUUCAGCCAAUCACAACCCUGCUCUCCAAACAUCUUCCAAUCAAAACGUAUCCUGCAGCAUUACAGGACCUUCAUGGGGAAAUCCUUGCGACCAUAUCCGGUUCACUGACGUCACGUCCUCUCCUGGUGUUUCAGAAGAAGAAACCCAUUCCCCUCAAACUGUUCACACCAAAGAUUGUGGAAGUGCUGGACUAUGGGAAAAAGCGAGGGAACACAAAGGAGGAGAGGGAGAAGGAAAGGUUGAACCACAAGUAUAAGAAAGAGUUCAAGGGAGCUCUGAGAGAGAUCCGUAAAGACACCCGCUUCCUGGCCCGAGAGAAACUCAACGAGGUCAUGGGCAGGGAUGCGGAGAGGAAGAGGAAGGUGAAGGAGCUGUUUGGCAGUCUGGCCACCCAGGAGGGGGAGUGGAAGGCUCUGAAGAGAAGGAAGAACAGCAGACACUGACCUAUUCAAAACGGCUUUUUAUUGUCAGUUGCAAACUUUCUAUUAUACUUUUGUUUUAAACAUUGCAAAAUAAAAUUGCUGAGAACAACGUG